AAAGCACCACAGACAGAAACAACUCAACUCACAGCUCUGGAGAACUAGUUGAACUAGUUUCCUAAUGACUAGACAGUGUCUGUGUUCAGCCAGUAGCCCACCGUGAACUUUACCCGGGGAUAAGGGGGCCGAGGAGGGUCUUUGCUCAGAGAUCCUCGCCUCCUCCUGCUCCUCCUUCACCUCCUUCACCGCCCCGGAGGAGUCUGGCUCCACGUUCCUCCGGUUGUUGUCCAGUAGGUGGCGGUAAUGCACCCGUGCGUUGGUCUGCCAACAAAACUCAAACGAAGAAGAAGAAGCAGCAGCAGACAGCAUUAGUGUGUCAUCCGGUUUUGAAACAAUUUGAAACAAUUUUGAAAAAAUGACUAAGGCGAUUACUAUUAUUAUCAUUAUUUUUUAUAUUUUUUAUCACUAUUAUUAUUGUCUCUCCUUAUUUUCCUGUCAUUCUACUGCUCCACCACUCCAGGCCAGCAGGUGGCGGUAAUGCGCCUGUACGUUGGUCUGCCGAUAAAACUCAAACGAAGAAGAAGAAGCAGCAGCAGACAGCAUUAGCGUGUCAUCCGGUUGAGAAGUGGAGGACUGAGCCCGGACGGAACAAGCUUCCAGCAGCAAACAGGGAGAGUUUUAUCCAUGCACAGCCGCAGACGGCUUCUCUGGCUGCAUCUGAACUCAGCUGCGACUGAAUGAAACCGAAAGCGACUCAUCUCUGAUAAGGCAGCGUCCAGCCUGUGUAGCCUGCUGCUCCGCCUGGUUGGCCAUGAAUAAACAGCCGAGCAAGGAGAGUCUGAAGGACAAGGUGAAGGGGAUCUUUGGGCUGGGACCCCCGCGGCCCCCCAGCAAGCAGAGCGAAUCCAGACCCUCCGAGUUCAUUAUCACCACUGACAUCAUCAAGGAGCUCCACCCAGACUGUGGUCUCAGCAACCGCGUCCGCAUGAUGAACCACGUCUGUGAUCUCGCCAAAACAAAAAAAUUUGAGGAGCAUGCGGUGGAGGCGGUAUGGAAAGCUGUGGAGGACAUGCUGACUCCAGAGCAGCCGCCUGAGGCCAGACAUGCUGUCCUGCAGCUGCUGAGGGCCAUAAUACAGGGACAGGGCGAGCGGCUGGGUCCUCUCAGAGCGUACUUCUUCAGGGUGAUCAGAGACUACCAGCCCAGCAACGAGGACCUCUCUGAUCGGCUGGAGGUCUUCAAGGCUUUGACUGAGAACGGGAAGGACAUCACCUACCUGGAAGAGGACAUAGCACGCUUCGUCCUCCUGUGGAUGGACAUCGGUCUCACCUCUGACUUCCUCCAUGUUCUUGUGAAUCUGGUGAAGUUCAACAGCUGCUACUUGGACCAAAACGUCUCCGUUAUGGUCCAGAAAAUCUGUCUGCUGUGCAAUAGAACAACCUCCUCCACAGAUAUCGAGGUGGCGCUGCAGGUCCUGGAUGCGGUGGUGUGUUAUAACUGCCUCCCCUCAGACUCUCUCACCGUCUUCAUCAUCACACUCUGUCGGACCGUCAACGUCAAAGAGUUUUGUGAAUCCUGCUGGAAGCUGAUGAGGAAGGUUCUGGGGACUCACCUGGGCCACAGUGCCAUUUACACCAUGUGCCGCAUCAUGGAGGAGAGAGUGUACAUGGAGGACGCCCCCCUGCUGAGAGGAGCGGUGUUCUUCGUGGGGAUGGCUCUGUGGGGCGCUCACAGACUCCCCGCCCUCAAAAACACUCCAACGCUGGUGCUGCCAUCCUUCUACAAGGCCAUGUCGUGUGCCAACGAGGUGGUGUCCUAUGAGAUCGUCCUCUCCAUCACCAGGCUGAUCAAGAAGUACGGCAAAGAGCUGCAGGUGGUCACCUGGGACAUCCUGCUGGGCAUCAUAGAGCGGCUGCUGCAGCAGAUCCAGACGAUCGGCAGCGCGGAGCUGAAGGCCAUCGUGUACGAGCUGCUGACCACCGUAGAGGAGCUGUACGAGCAGAACGGUUACCAUGGUUCCACCGAGAAGUUCUUCAGUCUGGUGGAGAAAUGUGCCGACAAGAGACCCGAUGCCUCAGUGCUGACCCUGAUCUCGUACCGGGCUCAGUCCAUCCAGCCAGCCAAGGACGGCUGGAUCCAGAGCCUGCACCGCCUCAUGGAGAAGUUCUUCAGGAACGAGAUUCGAAGCGUGAUCAGGAUCAAAGUGCUUCAUAUCCUGUCCUUCGUCCUCAGCACCAACCGACAGCUCUAUGAGGAUGAGCUGAUAGAAAUGGUGGUGAUCCCCCAGCUGAGUGGGAUCGCUGAGGACCGGGACCUGGCCGUCAGGAAGCAGGCCACCCAGCUGCUGGUGGACCUGGCUGAGGGCUGCAACACACACCACUUCACCAGCCUGCUGGACAUCAUAGAGAGGGUGUCCAGUCGGUCCCUGGUGUGUUCGGGGCCCCUGGAGGUUUCUGAGAGAGACCCCACAGCAGAGUCUCCUAUGGAGGACGUGAGGACUGCUAUUCUGGGCCUUCUGGAGAUCCUGCAGAGCAAACUGUACAGCCUACCAGCCAGUCAUGCUAGCCGCGUGUACGAGUUGCUGAUCAGCCACCUGCAGCUUCACUACAAGAACAAGUACUGUUCAGCUAUCGCUUCCAGCAUCAGACUACAAGUGUUUGACUUCUUCCUGAUGAUGCGAGCGGACUCUCUCCACCGCCUCGGAGUCCCCAACAAAGAUGGCGCCAUGAGGUUCAGCCCUUACUGCUACUGUGACACAGGGGAGCCUGAGAAGCGUGCCAGUGAGAAGAAGCCUGCAGGUUCAACGUCUCCUCCUGCUGGCAGCCCUGCUCCUCCUGCUGCUCCCUCUGCUUCUACAGCCUCCAUCCGCUCAGCCUACCUGCCCUACGCUCCGGCCUUCAGCGUGCUCCUGCAGUGCCUCAAGAUGGAGACGGACUGGAAGGUUCUGAAGCUGGUUCUGGACAAACUGCCGUGGACGCUCCAGUACAAAGUGCUGCUGCUGACAUCACCGUGCAGCCUGGACCAGCUCUGCUCUACGCUCUGCUGCAUGGUGACGGAUCGUCUGAUCUCGGAGCGCCUGAAGAAGACCCCAGAAGGGUUUUCUCGCACGGAGGUUCAGCUGGCGGUGGUACCGGUCCUCACAGCGAUCACCUCCUACCACAACUACCUGGAGCAGUCCAGACAGAGAGAACUGGUCCAGUGCCUGGAGACGGGCCUCAUCUACCGCUGUGCCAAGCAGUGUGUGGUGGCUCUGACCAUGUGUACGGUGGAGAUGCCAGAGAUCAUGAUCAAGCUGCUUCCUGCUCUCAUCGUCAAGCUCACACACAUCUCUGCUACCGUUGCCAUGGCGUCGCCCAUGCUCGAGUUCCUCUCCACUCUGGUGCGGCUGCCUCACCUGUACGCCAACUUUGUAGCUGAGCAGUACGUCAGCGUGUUCGCCAUCUCUCUGCCUUACACUAACCCUUCAAAGUUCAACCAGUACAUCGUGUCUCUGGCGCACCAUGUGAUCGCCAUGUGGUUCAUCCGCUGCAGACUGCCCUUCCGCAAGGACUUUGUUCAGUACAUCACUAAGGGGUUGCGUUCCAACGCCCUGCUGCCCUUCGAUGACGGUCAUGAGCAGAGUUCGUUCCGGGCGCGGAGCACCAGCCUGAACGAACGGCCCAAGAGUCUGCGGGCUGCCAAAGUGGCGAAGGCGGCGGCGGCGGUAGCCAAUAGCAGCAGCUCUCCAGUUAAAGAGCUGAGGGACCUGUCAGCCAUGGACGCGUUCCGCUCCCGCAGCAUCAGUGUCUCCGAACACGCGGUCCGCAGGAUGCACACCUCCACCACCACCUGCAGUCUGGGCUCUGCAGACGAGAACGCGGUGACUCAGGCAGACGAGGGUCUGAAGACGGUCCACCUGGAGCUCACAGAGACCUGCCUGGACAUGAUGGCUCGAUACGUCUUCUCCAACUUCUCCGCGCUGCCAAAGAGGUCUCCAAUCGCAGAGUUCCUGUUAGCAGGGGGGCGCAGCAUGACCUGGCUGGUGGGUAACAAGCUGGUAACCAUAACAACCAGUGGAGGGGUCCGAACACAAGCACUACUGGGCCUGGACAUGUCUGAACGGCUGGGAGGAGGAGGGGAGAUGACCAGGUCGGAUCCAUCGCUACACACCCGGAUCACCAAAGAGGCUCCGGCCAAACUGGAGUCCCAGUCGAGCCAGCAGCACAACAGAGCCACACGCAUACGGGUCCGCUCCAUGUCAGGUGGCCACGCCCUCCGAGCCGGCCCCGCCCAGAGUCUCAGUCCUCUGGUGUCGCCGUCUGAGAGCGAGCUAGCGGCGCCGCUGUCUCCGCCCUCUUCCUCUGCUCUGGACGCUCUGGGUCCUCCCUCCUCCUCCUCCGCCACCCCGUCUGCUCCUCCACCCCUCAAAGACAACCCCAGCCUGGCCGAGUUCGUCCCCAUGCUCACACAGGGCUGGGCCGAGAUCUUCAUACGGAGACCGUCUGGUAACACGAGCUGGCUGAUGUGUCUGGAGAACCCUCCCAGUCCUUUCUCCUCCGAGCUGGGCAACAUGCCCCUGCAGGAGCUCUCCACCGUCCUCAUGGCCAUGGAGGGCGUGAAGGAGCCUCCCAGCCAGACGGCCAGCGCUCCCGCCAGCACCGCCGCUCCUCCACCCGCCCCCGCCUCCGAACCGCUGACCCAGACACACAGCAGCAUGGGGGGCAAGGCCAACCUGAUCCAGCGCUCCAACACUGUGGGUGGCUCUCUCUGGUCUCUGGGUCUGGGCUCUGCCCCCCCAGGCCCUCCGGCCCCCGGCAGGUUGCACAGGAGCAUUUCCUGGGCAGACUCCGUGGUGGUGCUGGAGGAGGGGUCAGGGGUCACCACAGCACAAACCCCGUCUGAUUGGUUGGAGAGCGAAGAGUUUGAGCCGAUGCCCUCUGACCCCAUCUUCAUGUCUGCAGACAAGUUCACAAAGACCCCGCCGCCUGGAACACUCAGCAGGUCGUCCUCCACCUCCAGUCAAGACGAUGAGAAGUCGACGCUGGAGGAAGUGAGCGAGGGAGCGAUUCCCAUCGAUCAGCCCACCAUGGGGCCCUCCACCCCGGGCAGCCAGGGGCCAGAACUUCCCUUCCAGACCCAAACUCAGUCCCAGGGCCACGGACUCAACAAGUCCAGCUCGUCCCCGGAGCUCCAAACUUUACCCGAAGCCUUCUCCAAGGCCGCCAUGGAGUCUGAGGCUGCACCAGGAGACACAUCGCUACCCAAAGCUCCUCCAGACAGCAAGCCUCCACCCCAGCAGCCUCCUGUGGAGAAAGAUAAGGUGGAGGGGAGCUCAGGAGGGGACGCUAACGCUAACGCUAACGCCCCGGGGGGUCCGAGUCAGGGGUCUGAAGGCCCGGCUGUGGUGUCCUCUCAGACUGGAGGAGCCAGGAUGAGGUUGGAGUUCCCAGCAGCAGCGGUGCAACCCGGACCCAUCUCCCCCAGCGGAGGCCACCGGCCCCGGGGCCACACCAUCUCCGUGUCGGCCCCCUCCUCCAGGAGGGAGAGGAGGACGGACAGGGACUCGUACCACAGUAGACCAGGACCCAGCACCACGGAGAAGAUCUCUGGACUCAGCCCCAGCUUUGUCUUCCUGCAGCUGUACCAUUCUCCUUUCUUUGGGAACGAAGCCAACAAGCCGCUGCUGCUGCCCAAAACUCAGGUGAUUGACCGGGCGGUGAAGGUCCUGGACCAGAUGCCUCCUUAUGACACCCAUAAGAUUGGCGUGGUGUUCGUAGGAGCGAGUCAGGUUAACAACGAGGUCGCCAUCCUGUCCAACGAGUACGGCUCCAACCGCUACGCUGCCUUCCUGACCGGCCUCGGCAAACUAAUCCACCUGAAGGACUGUGACCCCGACCAGAUAUUUCUGGGAGGGCUGGACCAGUACGGAGACGACGGAGAGUUCACCUACUGCUGGCACGAUGACAUCAUGCAGGCUAUCUUCCACAUCGCCACUCUGAUGCCAAACAAGGAGAGCGACAAGGGUUGCUGCAACAAGAAGCGCCACAUCGGCAACGACUUCGUCAUGGUGGUGUACAACGACUCUGGAGAGGAGUACAAACUGGGAACCAUUAAGGGUCAGUUCAACUUUGUAGAAGUCAUUAUAAAACCUCUGGAUUAUGAAUGUAACCUGGUCACUCUUCAGUGCCGCAAAGACCUGGAGGGGUUAGUUGACACAACUGUGGCCAAAAUCGUGUCAGACCGCAACCUUCCACUCUUAGUCAGACAAAUGGCUCUGCAUGCAAAUAUGGCCUCUCUGGUGCACCAGUACCGAGCCAACCCCUCUGAUGCUUACGCCUCUAAGUGGCUGGCCAGAUUAAGGCACAUUAAGAGGAUCAGAACGCGGGCUCAGGAAGACAUCCAGUCCCGGUCGACGCCGGGCAUCUCUCUGACCCAGGGACACACUCAGCAGAACAAGUCCUUCCAGCAGAGCACUCAGGCACAAAACCCAGAAGCCUCCGGCCAGAGGAAGAGACUCGUCUCUACAGUGGAUGACUUCACUGAUUUUGUUUGAUUACAUUUCUUGUCCUGGCACACACACACACACACACACACACACACACACACACACAUACAUACAUACAUACAUGUCUUUAAUAGUUGUGAGGACCACCACUUCCCCUAGCCCAACACACACAUUUCAGGGUUUACCAUCUCUGUUAGGACCUUCCCUGAAAUUCAUACAGAUGAUUAAUUAAGGCCUUUAGAGUCUAUCCUAGCAUUUUCUUUGUGAGGACUGGAAAAAAUGUCCUCACAACUACAAAUGUCCUCACAAUGUUGGUAUUCUGCCAUGGGUUGGUCCUCACAACUAUAUGAAGACAAACACACACACACACACACACACACACACACACACACACACACACACACCUGGGGGAGUUUACUUUCAUUUCUCUGUGUGGAAGAAUUCAGGACACACUGAUUUUGACUUCAACCAAUUGGGACUUUGUAUUGGAGAUCCUCUAAGCUUCAUGGUAUCAUAAAAGCUUAUUUUGUGAUGAAGUAUUGAUAUGUGAAGACAGUAAUUUCUGCAUAUUUUUCAAGAUGCUAACGCUUUGCACUUUCUAGGUCUAAUCAUGAUGUUUCUGACGUGCAACAUGAGACGAGUAAAGCUGUACAGAACACUA